GGCUGGAGUUACAAGGCAGGCAUAAAUAUCAGGUGCAUGCUGAGCCAAGACUCAUUCACCAGGAGCUCCUGGGACCCUAGAGGAGGUGACCUGCCAUGCUGCUGCCCCUUCUUUCUGUGCUAUUUCUGCUCAUGCAGCCGCAGGGGAACCUGGGAGCUGAGUUGAAGCACUACCAUGCUAAACCACUGCCCAAUGCCUGCACUCUGGUCAUAUGCAGCCCCACAGAAAAUGGCUUGCCUGGCCGUGAUGGCCGGGAUGGAAGAGAAGGCCCCCGUGGUGAGAAAGGAGAUUCAGGCUUUCCAGGAGCUGUAGGGCCAGCAGGAAUGCCUGGACGAACUGGCCCAGUUGGGCCCAAAGGGGACAAUGGCUCUGAUGGAAAGCCUGGACGAAAGGGCGAUCCUGGACAAAGUGGACCCCCAGGACUCCCGGGUGUGCCUGGUCUGGUAGGAAAAGAUGGUCCCCCUGGAAAGCAGGGGGACAUAGGUCCUCAAGGCAAGCCAGGCCCCAAAGGAGAGACUGGACCCAAAGGAGAAGUAGGUGCCCCAGGUGUACAGGGUUCCACAGGAGCAAACGGCCCCACAGGCCCUAAAGGAGAGAAAGGUGCCCCUGCUGAACCUGGAGCCCCCGGAAGGGCAGGGGCAGCAGGGCCUGCUGGAGCUGUCGGUCCACCGGGACCUGUGGGUGCCAGAGGACCCCCAGGACUGAAGGGUGGCAGAGGGGCUCCUGGAGCAAAGGGUGAAAGUGGGCUUUCAGACAUCACUUUUCUGAAGCAGCAGGUGGCAGCCUUCCAGGACCAGUUAGAGAAUCUCAAGGCUACCUUGUCUUGCUACAAGAAUGCUGAGCUUUACUCCAAUGGCCGAAGUGUUGGAAACAAGAUCUUCAAGACAGGGGGUGCCGUAAAAAAUUUUGAAGGGGCACAGGUGAUGUGCAGUCAGGCUGGCGGGCAGGUGGCCUCCCCACACUCUGCGGCAGAGAAUGCUGCUUUGCAGGAGCUGGUCACAGCUCAGAACAAAAUCGCUUUCCUGAGCAUGACAGACAGCAAGAAGGAGGGCACAUUUGUCUACCCAUCCAGAGAGGCCCUGGUCUACUCCAACUGGGCCUCUAAGGAGCCCAACAACCUUGGCGGCACAGAGCACUGCAUAGAGUUAUUCACCGAUGGCAAGUGGAAUGACUGCAAUUGUGGAGAGAAUCGCCUCGUCAUCUGCGAGUUCUGAGCCCUCCCCAGGAGGGGUGCCAACAUCCCUCUGGCCACCAAAAGAAUGAUCUGUGCCAGCCCAAA